UUGGGAGCCUCAUGAAUUCAGUUGCAUAUUCUGUGAACUUGAUGCUGCAGCUUCUUGUGUUGGGGAGAGUCAGGACACCGGUUCAUCUUCAUCAUCAUCACUGAGACUGGCAGCGCAAGAGCAAAACGAGGGUUACCAAGUCACUGAAGCUCUACGUGCUCAGAUGGAAGUCCAAAGAAGACUACAUGAGCAAUUGGAGGUGCAACGGAGACUCCAGCUGAGGAUAGAGGCUCAAGGAAAGUACCUGCAAUCGAUUCUUGAGAAAGCUUGCAAGGCCUUUGAUGAUCAAACUGCGGCUUUUGCUGGGCUUGAGGCAGCUAGGGAAGAGCUAUCAGAGCUAGCCAUCAAAGUGUCCAAUGGCUCUCAAGGAACAACAGUCCCGUUCUUUGAUGCAACUAAGAUGAUGAUGAUGCCAUCUCUGUCCGAGCUUGCAGUAGCCGUAGACAACAAAAACAACAUCGCAACCAACUGCUCAGUAGAAAGCUCUCUGACGUCCGCCACCAAUGGGAGCUCGGUUUCUGCUGCAUCGAUGAAGAAGCGGCAUCGUGGGGACAAUGUGGGCGUCGGCUCGGAGAACAACAAGAAGUAUGCUGAGUUGGACGCGAAGCUUGAACGGAAAAUGGUGGAGAGCCGGAGGAAUUAUCCGGGACAUCGGAGUUUAAAGUCCAUGGAUUCAAUAAUCAUGAAGUUUCCUAAGCUGAGAGAAGGAUUAAGAAACAUAAGAAACGUUUUCGAAUCCUACGAUAAAGAUAGAAACGGAACAAUCGAUAUGGAGGAGCUGAAGAAAUGCUUAGAGGAAUUAAACCUGAGUUUGUCGGAGGAAGAAGUGAAAGGUUUAUAUGGAUGGUGUGAUGUUGAUGGAAGCAAAGGGAUACAGUUCAAUGAGUUUGUAGUACUUCUCUGUCUCAUUUAUCUUCUAGCAAAACCUUCCCCUAAAUCUAGCGCGGAAUCGAGAGAGAUGGGUCCAAAGUUGGUUGAAUCUAUAUUUGAUCCGAUAGUCGAAGUGUUCUUGUUUUUGGACAAAGAUGGUAAAGGGAAAUUGAACAAGGCUGAUGUGAUAAAAACAUUGAAUAGCGAAGACUAUCCAUUAGAGAGAUCUCCUUCACAUGUCACCAAUAUGAGAUUCGAAGAAAUGGAUUGGGGAAAGAAAGGGAAAGUGGGUUUUAGGGAGUUUCUAUUUGCUUUCAUGAGUUGGGUGGGUCUUGAUGAUGCGGAGGAUUAUAUGAGCAGCUAA